AAAAUAAAUCUCUGAAAGAUUAACUUUGAAUUAAUUGGGGUUCACGCUUUACCUGUCUUGGGUAUCUAUCUACAUGUACUUCAUACCGCAAGCUUAGGCGAAGUUGAGGGCGAGUCCUGCGACCGCGAGGGCGGCCAUGACGAGGCCAGAUGACUGGCACAUCGAGGGUGCCGCGGAGGAUCCCGAGGCGGAGAUGGAUCCAGCGGCGCUCGCCACAUCAUCAGCGAGCGAGCUGGCGAUACUGGCCGCAUCGUCAAGAAGACUGCCGGCGGCAUCGGCGGCGCUGGAGACCGUGUCCGCCGCGGUUCCGGUGGCAUUAGCAACCGUGUCGAUGGCCGAGUCCACCGUGUUACCAGCGGCGCUAGAGACCGUGUCGACAGCGGUGUUUGCAGCAUCGGUAGCUGCACUUGUGGCGGCGUCGGUCACCGUGUUCGCAGCGUUGCUCACUGCAGUACCCGCGGCGCUGGUUGCAGCAUCGGUGACGCUGUUCACGAGGUCGUCCACCACGGCGUUUUCCGCGGUCGCGACGGCGGCGAAAGCGACGAGGGCGAGGCACGAAAGAACACGCAUCUUUUGUGUGGAGAUCGGAAAGAAGCUGGUGCUGUGGAUGUCGGGGGCGAAUUCACGAAUGAGCGAGUUGUCGUAGGGGAGAGGAGGCUGGACUGCACCACGCGCGAGAUAGACUGUGUCGUUGAACGUAUGCUCCCACAAAUGGAUUUUAAUCGAUACAGAUGAUCAAGUUGCAGUCGCGCAUAGAAAAGUUCAGCCACGCACGAAUUUGUAUGUGCAUCACACAUGAGGCAUGUUGCGUGGGUUUCUUACAUACUUUGCAGUACCAAGAUGCAUGAAGUUUGGUCACUUCCUAACCUCUGCUUUGCAGUGAGAAACGGCCACGUAGCUGAAUCGACGAAAGGUAUGUAGCAGCGCAAUGUUUGCAUAUUGCACUGGACGUCUUGUCGAAGUUGAAGCCUUUCAGCACUGAAGGUACAACGAGGAACUUGCGUGAAAAAACCACGUUGCGAUAGUUACGACUUGGUGAGAGCAAAGAACAAGUAAGUAUCAUGGUAUAUGUAGACUAGAAAAUUGAUGUAGCCAGCAGUGAUGGAGCUGUUGGAAAGUUGUAUCUUCAGGUAUUACGACAAAAUAAUAUCGCGACCAGAAGCAUGCUCCUAACGAAACGGG